UGUUGCUGGGCCGGUGGGGCGGAGCGGUGUGGCGUGAGACGAUGCUGGGAUGCGUGACACGCCUCCGUCGGCUGGUCCGUCUCCUCCCCCUGCAGACCUCCCUGCUCCUCCUCUUCCUCUUCUGCACCGUCAGCGUCUUCAUCUCCGCCUACUUCCUCUAUGGCGUCAAGCGGGAGCUGGAGCCGUCGGGAGGGGGCGUGUCCGGGGCCGAGGGAGCGUCCGCCGAUUCAGAUGACCCACGGGUCACUCCGUCACGACUGCUGCCUUUGCGGAGCGUCUCGGGGGGCCCCGGGGUGGAUCCCGGCGGGGCCAGGACAGAUCCUGUGGUUCUGGUGUUUGUGGAAAGCCAGUAUUCUCAGCUGGGGCAGGAGAUCGUGGCCAUCUUGGAGUCCGGCCGGUUCAGGUACCGGACUGAGAUCUCUCCUGGUAAAGGGGACAUGCCCACAUUGACGGACAAAGAGAGAGGACGUUUCACACUGGUGAUUUAUGAGAACAUUCUCAAGUAUGUUAACUUGGACGCCUGGAACCGAGAGCUGCUGGACAAAUACUGUGUGGAAUAUGGAGUGGGCAUCAUUGGCUUCUUCAAGGCCAAUGAAAACAGUCUGCUCAGUGCACAGCUCAAAGGCUUCCCCCUCUUUCUACAUUCGAAUUUGGGUCUGAAGGACUGCACAGUCAACCCCAAGUCCCCGCUUCUCUUUAUCACUCGAUCCGGGCAGCCCCUGCCAGGACCUCUCCCUGGGGAUGACUGGACUGUUUUCCAGUCCAACCACUCUACAUACGAACCCGUGUUGCUGGCCAAGACCCAAUCAGCGGAGAGCGUUGCAUCGAUGGGGCAGAAUGCCGCUCUGCUCCCGUCUGUGGUGCAGGACCUGGGGCUUCAUGACGGCAUCCAGAGGGUCCUGUUCGGCAACAAUUUGGUCUUCUGGCUGCACAAGCUGGUGUUUGUGGACGCUGUGGCCUUUCUGACAGGGAAGAGGCUGUCGUUGUCCCUGGAGCGCUACAUCCUAGUGGACAUAGAUGACAUAUUUGUGGGCAAAGAGGGAACCCGCAUGAAGGUGCCUGAUGUGAAGGCCCUGCUGGAGACACAGAGGGAGCUGCGCACCCAUGUGCCCAACUUCACCUUCAAUCUGGGCUUCUCAGGGAAAUUCUUUCACGCUGGAUCUGAUGAGGAGGACCUGGGAGAUGACCUGCUGCUUUCCUAUGUGAAGGAUUUCUGGUGGUUUCCUCACAUGUGGAGCCACAUGCAGCCCCAUCUAUUCCACAACCAGUCCGUGCUGGCCGAGCAGAUGUUGCUCAACAAGAAAUUUGCUAUGGAGCACGGGAUCCCCACUAACAUGGGCUACGCGGUGGCUCCUCACCACUCGGGUGUCUAUCCCGUGCACAUGCAGCUCUACGACGCCUGGAAGAAGGUGUGGGGCAUCAAAGUGACCAGCACAGAGGAAUACCCACACCUAAAGCCCGCUCGCUUCCGGCGAGGUUUCAUCCACAGCGGCAUUAGCGUGUUGCCCAGGCAGACAUGUGGACUCUUCACACACACUAUCUUCUAUAAAGACUACCCAGGCAGUCCGAAUGAACUGGACAAGCUCAUCAAUGGAGGAGAACUCUUCCUCACCGUUCUGCUCAACCCUAUUAGUAUCUUCAUGACCCAUCUGUCCAACUACGGGAACGACCGCCUCGGCCUGUACACCUUUAAAAGCCUGGUGAUGUUCGUCCAGACGUGGACCAACCUGAAGAUGCAGACGCUGCCGCCUAUUCAGCUGGCUCAGAAGUACUUCAGUCUCUUCCCCUCUGAGAGAGACCCCCUCUGGCAGGAUCCUUGUGAGGACAAAAGGCACAAGGACAUCUGGUCCAAAGAGAAAACAUGUGACCGCUUCCCCAAACUGCUCGUCAUCGGGCCUCAGAAGACAGGGACAACGGCACUUUAUCUGUUUCUUGGCAUGCACCCUGAUCUGACCAGCAACUACCCCAGCAAAGAGACUUUUGAAGAGAUCCAGUUCUUCAAUGGACACAACUAUCACAGAGGCAUUGACUGGUACAUGGAAUACUUCCCUCUGCCCUCCAACACCAGUUCAGACUACUACUUUGAGAAAAGUGCCAACUACUUUGAUUCUGAGGUCGCUGCUCAGAGGGCCGCGGCUCUCCUGCCCAAAGCCAAGAUCAUCACCAUCCUCAUCAACCCAGCGGACAGAGCUUACUCUUGGUACCAGCACCAAAGAGCCCACGAUGACCCAGUGGCAUUGAAAUACUCCUUCCACGACGUCAUCACUGCGGGCCACAACGCUCCGGUCAAACUACGGGUCCUGCAGAAUCGCUGUCUGGUGCCAGGCUGGUACGCCAUCCACCUGGAACGCUGGCUCAAUUUCUACCACUCCAGCCAGUUGUUAGUUUUGGAUGGACAGAUGCUGAAGACUGAGCCUGCCUCAGUCAUGGACAAAAUCCAGAAGUUUCUUGGCCUCGCCAACAUUAUCAACUACCACAAGAUCUUAGCGUUCGACCCGAAGAAAGGCUUUUGGUGUCAGCUGCUGGAAGGAGGGAAGACAAAGUGUUUGGGGAAGAGUAAAGGACGCAGGUACCCUGACAUGGACCCAGAGUCACAGGGCUUCCUCAGGGAGUACUAUAGGGAUCACAACAUCGAGCUGUCAAAGCUGCUCUACAGGAUGGGUCAGCCGCUGCCCAGCUGGCUCCGAGAAGAGCUGGUCCACACCAGGUAGCAGCACCACCGGGGGAAGACCACAGCUCCACACUCUGAACCACUGCUCUACCCUGCUGGGGCUCACUGGCCUGAAGGGUCGAAGAUCCCAAACAGUUUUGCCAGAGAAUAGAAAUAUGUUGAGA